CGAGUCCAGAUUCCUGCAGCUCGCCCAGAAGGGGCUUUGUGCACUGGAUCAUCAGCUGAAGUCCUGGGCUUUGCUUUGAUUGGGUCAUCUUAGGUCACAACUGCAGCAGGACAGGGAACACUGUGAACUGAUUUAGACCACUCAGGGCCACUUGGGGUCAUUCCCUGGGCAUCUACAAAGCGGCAGAAGAGUAGGAUGGAAGCCAGGGAGGCAGCAACAGAGUCACCUCAGUUACCCUACACGUGUCGCUGUGGGAAGAGGGCUGCUGGUACAGACCCCUUGAAGCUUUUUAUCUGCUUGAACUAAAGCCACCGCCUGUAUUUGCUGAGGUUGCCGACAUCUGUCUGAGCAAAUAUGCAGGAGCAGCAAGACUGGGGGGGCUCACAAAAGUUCAAGCACUUCCUGUGUGCACACUGUAUGACCCGCUUCGCACACUUGGACACAUUUAAUCCUCCCAAACACCCUAGGGGGUCGAAUUCAGUGGAAAAAAGAGCGGCGGGUAAGGGCACCUCCAAUGGGGAGGGUUUCGGGGCAAAGCGACCUGAGACCCCCAGCCACAUCCUGCAGGACAAACCAAUGUCGGCAGGUGAGGACGGCGUGGGAAUAGUGUUCCAGGCAGAAGGAACAGCGAUUGUCAAAGCCUCUAAGCCUGACAGGGUGGGAGUCUGGCCUCGGACCUCCAGAGAUCCAGGAAGACCUGCACAAAUACUAGAGAGAGGGGUCUGAAGGAGACAAGAGGAGGGAAGGUUUUUGUUGUUGAGAGGACGACUCGUUCUGUUGCCAGGCUGGCGUGCAGGGGCCCCAUCGUGGCUCACUGCAGCCUCUGCCUCCGGGGUUCAAGCAAUUCUCGUGCCUCAGCCUCCCGAGUAGCUGGGAUUACAGCAGCGCUCCAUCACGCGAUGGGGCUCCUUGCAGCUAAUUUUUUUUUUUUUGAAACAGUCUCACUCUGUCGCCCAGGCUGGAGUGUAAUGGCGCGAUCUCGGCUCACUGCAACCUCUGCCUCCUAGGUUCAAGCGAUUCUUCUGCCUCAGCCUCCCGAGUAGCUAGGAUUACAGGCAUGCGCCACCACGCCUGGCUAAUUUUUGUAUUUUUUAGUAGAGACGAGGUUUCACCGUGAUAGCCAGGAUGGUCUCCAUCUGAGCUCGUGAUCCUCCCGCCUCGGCCUCCCAAAGUGCUGGGAUUACAGGCGUGAGCCACCGCGACCGGCCGAGGUAAGGUUUUCAUCGGGGUCUCUUCCAUCUGCCUGGCCGCCAGGCCACGUGUCCACUGAAGAGGCAGAGGAUCAGGAUGGGAAGACUCCAGGGACCACCUGGCGCAAGACCCGCAAUCAGGCGGCUGCAAGGCUAACCGGAUAACUUAAAGAAGUGAAGCCGAUUGACGUGAAACAGAAAGGAAAGAAGUUAACUGGCCGGCCAGCGUCAGCAGGGACGGCCAGUGUCACCCUGCCCGGGGACGGCACCCCUGUUUCGUGGCGAGGACACGGAGGGCCAAGGGGGCGGGGCCGGGCUGCCCUGACCACGCCCGGACCGCCUGCUCCCCGCCCAGGGCCUGCACAGUUGGCGCCCACCGGCAUCAGCGUGAAGGGAGCUCCUCGCCGGCUGGCGACGGGGCUGCAGGGCUCGCUAGCCGCUCACCUGCGUGUGAGCGCGGAGCCCGCAAUACCCGCCGUCCGGGCUCAGAGGACGUGACUCCCCGACCCUGCGCCCUGCAGCCCCCGGGGGCCGUGCGCCCGGCCCAGGCUCGGAGGUCCCGCCCAGCGGCGGCUCAGGCUGCGCGCCUGGCUCCCAGCCUCAGUUUCCCCAUUGGUAAAGCAUUGACGGUGGUUGCGGACGGCUUCUACGGACAGAGCCUUGGGCUGCGACGUCUGCGCGGGUACCGGCAGCACCCCCACCUCGAAGGGAGGGCGGGACCUGGAUCUCGCGACCGCUGCCCCAGGUCCCCGCCCCCGGGCCCUACCGGGCUGAGGUCGGCAGGCCCCGCCCCCCGCCCACGAGGAAGUGGCUGCUGCUCCGGCGCGGAUCCCAGAGCCGGUUCGGCGCGUCGACUGCCCAGAGUCCGCGGCCGGGGCGCGGGAGGAGCCAAGCUGCCAUGGCCUACCACAGCUUCCUGGUGGAGCCCAUCAGCUGCCACGCCUGGAACAAGGACCGCACCCAGAUUGCCAUCUGCCCCAACAACCAUGAGGUGCACAUCUACGAAAAGAGCGGUGCCAAAUGGACCAAGGUGCACGAACUCAAGGAGCACAACGGGCAGGUGACAGGCAUCGACUGGGCCCCCGAGAGUAACCGUAUUGUGACCUGCGGCACAGACCGCAACGCCUACGUGUGGACACUGAAGGGCCGCACGUGGAAGCCCACACUGGUCAUCCUGCGGAUCAACCGGGCCGCCCGCUGCGUGCGCUGGGCCCCCAACGAGAACAAGUUUGCUGUGGGCAGCGGCUCUCGUGUGAUCUCCAUCUGUUAUUUCGAGCAGGAGAAUGACUGGUGGGUUUGCAAGCACAUCAAGAAGCCCAUCCGCUCCACCGUCCUCAGCCUGGACUGGCACCCCAACAACGUGCUGCUGGCUGCCGGCUCCUGUGACUUCAAGUGCCGGAUCUUUUCAGCCUACAUCAAGGAGGUGGAGGAGCGGCCGGCACCCACCCCGUGGGGCUCCAAGAUGCCCUUUGGGGAGCUGAUGUUCGAAUCCAGCAGUAGCUGCGGCUGGGUACAUGGCGUCUGCUUCUCAGCCAGCGGGAGCCGCGUGGCCUGGGUGAGCCACGACAGCACCGUGUGCCUGGCUGAUGCCGACAAGAAGAUGGCCGUCGCGACUCUGGCCUCUGAAACGCUACCACUGCUGGCGCUGACCUUCAUCACAGACAACAGCCUGGUGGCAGCGGGCCAUGACUGCUUCCCGGUGCUGUUCACCUAUGAUGCCGCCGCGGGGACGCUGAGCUUCGGCGGGCGGCUGGACGUUCCCAAGCAGAGCUCGCAGCGUGGCUUGACGGCCCGCGAGCGCUUCCAGAACCUGGACAAGAAGGCGAGCUCCGAGGGUGGCACGGCUGCGGGCGCGGGCCUGGACUCGCUGCACAAGAACAGCGUCAGCCAGAUCUCGGUGCUCAGCGGGGGCAAGGCCAAGUGCUCGCAGUUCUGCACCACUGGCAUGGAUGGCGGCAUGAGUAUCUGGGAUGUGAAGAGCUUGGAGUCAGCCUUGAAGGACCUCAAGAUCAAAUGACCUGUGAGGAAUAUGUUGCCUUCAUCCUAGCUGCUGGGGAAGCGGGGAGAGGGGUCAGGGAGGCUAACGGUUGCUUUGCUGAAUGUUUCUGGGGUACCAAUAUGAGUCCCCAUAGGGGCUGCUCCCUCAAAAAGGGAGGGGACAGAUGGGGAGCUUUUCUUACCUAUUCAAGGAAUACGUGCCUUUUUCUUAAAGAAGUGCUUUCAUUUACUGAAAAAAAAAAAAAUGCCCCCAAAGCACUAUGCUGGUCAUGAACUGCUUCAAAAUGUGGAGGUAAUAAAAUGCAACUGUGUAAAAAAAAAAAAAA